AAGAGCCCAGAGACCGGCAUGAGGGGCUAAUUCUCGCGAUAUUGGAGCCGGCCAGCGGUGCACGAGAAUCUAUCGCAGUGAGGGAGAGAGCUGAAGAGCAGCGGCGGCGGUUUGUGCUCUUCGUUCACAGGGAGAAUAGGAGGAAAAAAUAUAUAAAGAUCAGUAUCAAAGAGAUAAGGCAUAUUUGUUGGACGUCAGUUACGUUUAGGGGAAAAGAGGUUGCGGGUAAAGAAACAGUCAGGGCAGGCUAAGUGUGUAAUCGAGUUUAUCCGCAGUCUGCGCUUUUAUACUGGAGAUGUCGGUGGUCGGCUUUGAUGUUGGUUUCCAGAGCUGUUAUGUGGCUGUGGCGAGGGGCGGCGGCAUCGAGACGGCCGCCAACGAAUAUAGCGACAGAAGUACCCCGUCUUGUGUGUCAAUGGGACCCAGAAAUCGUUCAGUUGGAGCUGCUGCCAAAAGCCAGCUGGUGUCCAAUGUGAAAAACACUUUACAAGGAUUUAAAAGGUUCCAUGGCCGGGCUUUCACAGACCCAUUUGUAAGAGCUGAACAAUCCAAGCUUGGAUAUGAACUUGUCCAGAUGUCAAAUGGUACUACAGGUGUUAAGGUUUUGUACAUGGAAGAGGAGCGAUGCUUUAGUGUAGAGCAAGUGGCAGGAAUGUUGAUGACUAAACUGAAAGAAACAGCUGAAACUGCACUGAAGAAACCAGUCCUGGAUUGUGUAAUAUCAGUUCCAUGUUUCUACACAGAUGCUGAGAGGAGGUCAGUAAUGGAUGCUGCACAGAUUGCAGGGCUCAACUGUUUACGGCUUAUUAAUGAAACCACUUCAGUUGCACUUGCUUAUGGGAUAUAUAAACAAGACCUGCCAGCCCCUGAGGAGAAACCAAGGAACGUUGUUUUUGUUGAUUUGGGACAUUCAGCAUUUCAGGUUUCAGCCUGUGCAUUCAAUAAGGGAAAACUAAAGGUCCUUGCUAGUGCUUUCGACCCAUACUUGGGUGGAAAAAACUUUGAUGAGAUUCUGGUAAAUCAUUUCUGUGAAGAAUUCAGUAAGAAGUACAAACUAGAUGUUAAAUCAAAGAUCCGAGCCGUAAUGCGGCUUUUCCAGGAAUGUGAAAAGCUGAAGAAACUUAUGAGUGCCAAUGCAUCUGACAUACCAAUGAAUAUUGAGUGUUUCAUGAAUGACAUUGAUGUUUCUGGAUCACUGAACAGGGCCCAGUUUGAAGAGAUGUGCAGUACACUUUUGUCCAGAGUGGAGGCUCCUCUUCGCAGUAUUAUUGAACAAACCAAACUUAAGCGAGAGGAUAUUUAUGCUGUUGAGAUUGUGGGUGGAGCAACUCGUAUUCCUGCUGUUAAAGAAAGAAUUACCAAAUUCUUUGGUAAAACCCUGAGUACAACUUUAAAUGCAGAUGAGGCUGUAGCACGUGGUUGUGCUUUGCAGUGUGCUAUUCUUUCACCUGCAUUCAAAGUGAGGGAAUUUUCAAUCACAGACUUGGUUCCAUUUCCAAUUUCCAUGAGGUGGAAUUCUCCUGCUGAAGAAGGACUUGGUGAUUGUGAGGUGUUCCCCAAGAACCAUGCAGCACCAUUCUCCAAAGUUCUUACUUUCUAUAGAAAAGAAUCCUUCAAUCUUGAAGCAAUUUACAGUUGCCCCAAGGAGUUACCUUAUCCUGACCCAAAAAUUGGUCACUUUACUAUUCAGAAAGUGGUUCCUCAAACUGAUGGGUCCAGUUCUAAGGUGAAAGUGAAAGUGAGGGUUAACAUUCAUGGUGUCUUCAGUGUAUCCAGUGCCUCGUUGGUGGAAGUGCAGAAAUGUGAAGAGACAGAUGAUGUUCCAAUGGAAACUGAUCAAUCCCAGACUAACCUAAAAGAAGAGGAGAGUAAGAUGCAGAUUGACCAGCAGGAAGAACCAGCUCAUGGGGAUGGUAAUCACCCACCAGGAUCAGCAGAGAGUCAAAAAAAUGAAAUUGAUGAAAUGGAGACCUGUGAAACUGCUUCAAAGGAAGAUAAAAAUAGAGACCAGCCUCCCCAGGCAAAGAAGGCAAAGGUCAAAACAAAAACUGUGGACCUACCCAUAGAGAGCAAUCUGCAAUGGCAAUUGGAUCAGCAGCUGCUGAAUAUAUUCACUGAAACUGAGGGUAAAAUGGUUAUGCAAGAUAAACUUGAAAAAGAAAGAAAUGAUGCAAAGAAUGCACUGGAGGAAUAUGUGUAUGAAAGUAGGGACAAACUCUGUGGAAUAUAUGAAAAGUUUGUCAGUAAUGAGGAACAAAGCAAAUUAAGCCUUCUGCUAGAAGACACAGAAAACUGGUUGUAUGAAGAUGGUGAGGAUCAGGGAAAACAAGUGUAUAUAGAUAAAUUGACCGAAUUGAAGAAAUUUGGUCAGCCGAUUCGAGACCGCUACCAAGAGUUUGAGGAUCGCCCACGAGCCUUUGAUGAACUGGGGAGACAGAUGCAACAAUACAUGAAGAUAAUAAACUCCUAUAGAAAUAAAGAAGAACAGUAUGAUCAUCUGGAUCCAGCAGACAUGGAGAAAGUGGGAAAGCAUGUGCAAGAAGCAAUGGAAUGGAUGAACAGUAAAAUGAAUUUGCAGAGCAAACAGUCUUUAACACAAGCUCCACUUGUAAAAUGUGCAGAAAUCCGAGCCAAAGUUAAGGAAUUGAUCAACUUUUGUAACCCCAUUGUUAGCAAGCCAAAGCCUAAAGUAGAACCCCCAAAAGAGAGAGAGGCAGAAAAGAAUGGACCAGUGAAUGGACAAACAAGUGCUGACUCGGAGGGCUGUACACCUGCUACCACUGAGAGUGCCCAGAAAAAUGCAGAACAACACCAGCAAACUCUACCAGAAAUGGACAUUGAGUAAUGGGUGCAACAGUCACCUACCCAAACUGUUAUGUAAAAUUUAAAGUCAUGGACUCUGCAGGGCAGCUUUUUUCACCUUUUUUUAUGGUGAAUGGAGUAACCUGAACCUGGUAUUCUUGAAUCUCUCUGGCAAAUUUGGUAGUUUUUUUUUUAAACUCCUUCCCUAACUUUGCAAUGGGACAGGUAUUAACUAAUACAACUGGGGCUUGAAUUAAGUGUUUUUGUUACAAAAAUAGCUUUGAUUUUGUUUGUGGCUUUGUUUCACUGAAAAUGUUUUUUUUUUGUUGUUUUCUGUUAGCCCCCCUGUCCACCCCAAAGGUGGCGAUGCUGAUACUGCUGGACUCGGUUGUGUACUUUGCUAGCAAGCUUUCUGCUGGUAAUUAGAAUGCCAGGUAGCAACAUGCCUACCAGUAUUUCGCUAAGUUGCUGAUCUGCUUGAGUGCUGUGUUGUUUCAUGUUUUUGUUUUAUUGGCUUGCUUUGAUUGUUAUUGACAGCUGUUAGAAUUAAAGCUACAUUGCCUUUUUUUUUAAAGAAUCCCAAUCUUUAAAGAUUGCACGUAUCAUUUUUCCCUUUAGAAUGCUACCAUCAGUUUCCACCUAUGCACAUAUUACUUGUACAACAGUCAAAAGUGUUGAAGUCAAAAUUAGUUUGGAUCAUAUGUUAAAGGGAGACUGUUUCAGGUUCAGUAUUCUGAAAAACAAUUAAAUCCUAUGUUUGGACAACAAAGAUGCUGCCUGUCCAAAUAUUUGACAACAGAUAUUGAUUCACUUAUAAGGCAGAGUGUGUGUAUAUAAUAUAUAUUAUAUAUAAUAUAUACACAUAUAUACAAUGUUACUGUACAAUGCUUUCAAUUACAUUUCUUUGAUCUGUUCACUGGUUACUUCCCUUUAAUUCGUAUAUUAAAUUUAAAUUGUUUGAAUUUACUUGUGUAAGGUAAUUUUUUAUGAUGUUGGAUGUAAAUACAAGUUUUGGGAGGAGUGGAGAGAAGCCAAGAAAAUUCUACGUUGCACUCAUAUAUUGCAAUGCAAUGUUGACUUCUUGAAGGACAGCAACUUAAGAACUGACAGCAUGGUCAGGCUUGUAUUGCAAAAAGUUCAGAAAUAAAUACUACAACGAACUUUAUAGUUCAUUAAAGGGGAAUGCCACAUUGCAUUUUACUUAAUUUCAGCGAUCUAUUACCUACCAAGUGUUCUGAAUCGUGAAUUCAAGAGAACCAGAUUGUGAUAUAAUAUUUGUUUGUUAAAAACCAUAUUCAAAAGUAUGAGCACAGCACAAUGGGAAAAGCAGUGGUCUUUUGAAGCAUUGGGGGAAUACUACUGAUUAUUCUUGUAGUUAAUUUUGGGAAGGAUAAUUUGGUGACCAAUCUUCAUUUUUCUGUAGCUGGGUCAUUAAAUUUUGAGUGCAUUUUUGAAUUCCAAGGGUGGGAUUUUCUGCACACACCCAGGAUUGUCCCAUCCCACUGCAAGUCAAUGGACUUCUAGCUGGGGCGCUACUUCACCCACGGCGGGUUCCACCUGUGGCGGGACCGGAAAAUCCCGGCCUAUGUUUCCAUGUAUUUGCUUAUGCGAGAAUGCCCAGAAACAGUACAUAACUGAGUUACAAGAAGUUUCCCAGAAUGCAUUUUGGUGCAGGUAGGUAUUAUUGAAACUUAGGCAGCUGCAAAGAAUUGGAGAGACAUAACCAGAAUAAGUAGCCAAGUUAUUUUCUUUUCCCUCUCCUGUAAUUCUACUGUAUUGUUUUUCUGCAUGGAAUGAAGGUUGGCGUUUGCUUCAGUGUCAUUAAGCUUUUGUCAGUUUUCAUAAUAUUGUAACUGGGUAUGAUCAGUUUUCCCGAGAAAAGACUAAAUGGUUAUGGCAGAGGAAAGAAUGUAAGGAGGGCAGUGCUGUGCAUAUUGAACUAAUGUGGAUAUGCCAAUCUGUUUUCUUGUUAUUUUAAAAAAAAUGUGCCCUUUCUCCUAACACAUUUCAUCUCUCAACAGCCUUGUAUACCAUACACAGGUUACUUGAUUUUUUAAAAAGUUGGUGUGUAAAGUACCAUGUAUGAUAUAAACCAAUUAGGAUAUCCCUGUUUGCUCAGAAAUUAGUCAAGUCUGUCCAGUUUCCAGUUCUUGUUGCUUAAUUAUUGCAUACUGAGUUAUGAAGCUGCACCUCAAUAUAACAGGUAGUGGUAAUUCAUUAUAGUCAUAAAACUGUAUAAUUUCAAGAACUCUGGUCUUGCAAACACUGUCCAUUGACAUACUAUGUCAAGGCUUGCGAGUUGCUAUUUCCACUGUAUAUUUAUACUCUUGCUAUUUCACUGAACAGAGUGUGAAAUACCAAUAAAAAGAAAUUGAAAGAA